AUGACACGAUUCAUGGACAACUUUCCAUCCGUCGUCAACUCGUCUUCAGCUACUGGCUGGUUGACCUCUAUUCUACAGCUGGGUGGAAUUUUGGGCUCGCUAUCGGCUGGUGUACUUAGUGAGAUUUUCUCGCGUAAAUACACCAUGUUCAGCGCCUGCAUCUGGGUUGUCCUUGGGUCAUAUCUGUACAUCGGCGCCAGCCACCACAGGCCCAGCCUUCUGUAUGCGGGCAGAUUCUUCACCGGGAUUGGGGUUGGAACGUUUAGUGGUAGCGGACCUUUGUACAAUGCCGAAAUCGCAGCACCGGAACUGAGGGGUUUGAUCGUCUCGUUCUAUCAGUUCGCGACCAUCCUGGGUAUCAUGCUCUCCUUCUGGAUCGGAUAUGGAUCGAACUACAUUGGCGGUACUGGCGAAAAUCAGGCGAACCUCGCGUGGCAGCUUCCCUCCAUCAUCCAAGGCAUCCCAGCCGCCAUUCUUGCUUGCGGUAUCUGGUGGUUGCCAUUCUCUCCUCGUUGGCUAGUCAAGAAAGGUCGCGAUGAGGAAGCUUUGAAGACUAUCAGCUACCUUCGAAAGCUACCUGUUGAGCAUGAGCUCGUACAAAUCGAAUACAAGGAGAUCAAAGCUGAAGCGCUCUUCGAGCAGCGUAACUUUAAAAAGCAUUUCCCCAACCUGGCUGCCAAGGAGACGGGAAGUGUCUGGGCGCGAGAGUUUGCCCAGUACUACCACAUUGUUCGCACUUGGGACAACUUCAAGAGAGUUGCUACCGCUUGGCUUGUCAUGUUCUUCCAACAAUGGUCUGGUAUCGAUGCGAUCAUCUAUUACGCAAGUAAUAUCUUCUUGUCCCUCGGAUUAACUGGAGGCACCCAAGCUCUUCUCGCCACCGGUGUUACUGGUGUGGUAUUCUUCGUCAGCACCCUUCCGGCCAUGGCUAUUAUCGAUAAAGUAGGCCGCAAGCCCAUGUUGAUCGUCGGUUCCGUCGUCAUGUUCUGUUCUAUGGUCAUCGCUGGAGUCAUGGUUGCGAAGUUCAGGCAUGAUUGGGUAGCACACUCCGCCGAGGGCUGGAUCGUUGUUGCGUUUAUCUGGAUCUAUGUCGGCGCUUUCGGUGCCACCUGGGGUCCGGUCUCCUGGACUCUAGUGUCUGAGAUCUUCCCGCUCUCUAUUCGAGCCAAGGGUGCCUCCAUUGGCGCCUCGUCUAAUUGGCUUAACAACUUUGCCGUCGCUUUCUUCGUACCGCCAAUGCUCGAGAACUGGGCUUGGGGAACUUACAUCUUCUUCGCCGUUUUCCUCGCCGUCGGUAUCGUAUGGGUCAUUUUCCAGCUUCCGGAAACAAAGGGUGCGACAUUAGAAGAGAUGGAUCGCGUGUUCAACAGCCGGACUGGUGCGGAGGACGCUAUAAUGCUCGCCGAGGCUAGGAGGGAGAUCGGUCUUAGCAUGACACUUGAGGACGAUGCGAUCAAGGCUGUCAAGCACGCCGAUCAGAUCCUCGAGAAGGGCCACGAACGUGUCGAGGAGGUUUAA